AUGUCGGAGCGCAAAGGAUCCGACUCGGCGUCGCGGCCAUCCCAAUCCCUUCCUGUACCCUCCUUUCCCACCCACAACUCCCCACGCACAUGGGUCCUCACAACCGCCCUCUCCCCGCUUGUCAUCCGCCUCAUACGCUUGCUGCUCGCUCACGGUGACUACGUUGUUGCUUGUCUACCGCCCUACGAGAUUGAGCACGACGACCGAAGCGCAGACUUUCGUGAACUCAUCGCCGAGUGCAAGUCGGAUCGCCGCGACCGCGAGGGCUGGAAGGACCGCAUACGCGGAAUUCGCUGCGAUGGCCGCGUGGCCGGCCAGUGUUCUGCCGCCCUAGCAGAGGCUGUUCAUGUAUUUGGUCGCAUCGAUAUUCUUCUCUGUUGCAAGUCGGAGGCCGUUGUCGGCACUGUCGAGGAGAUUUCCGCCCAACCCGUAACACGAAACCUCGUCCGCGAUCAAUUCGAGACCAUCUUCUUCUCCCAGGUCAAUUUCAUCAAGGCCGCACUGCCCCUGUUCCGCGAUCAGCACACAGGCCAUAUUCUCAUCCUGACAUCGAUCGGCGGCCAUAUCGGAACCCCAGGCAUGCCCAUAUACACAUCAGCAAUAUGGGCACUCGAGGGCUACUGUGACUCCCUGGCUUACGAGAUUGCGCCCUUCAACAUUAAGGUCACCAUCGUGCAGCCGAACAAGGAAAUCCAGUCCCUGACAAAUCGCAUCAUCUUCGUGCCACAGCUGCACAACGACGACCCCGAGGCGCCUGCGCCGCGCAUUCGUGACAUGCUCGCCAACGUUCUCAACGCAGAUCCCGAAACGGCCAUCGAGCCCUCCGAAACAGAGGUCCAGUCACGCUACCCUCGUCUGCCUGCCGCCGCCACCGAUCGACUCGUCAUGGAGACAGUGCACGCCCUGACAGCUAUUGGCGGGCACGAGAACCCGCCUGCUCGACAUAUCGUCGGCUUUGAGGGCGCCAUUGCCGUCAAGGAGAAGCUGCGAACGGUCACGGAGGAGCUGGAGGAGUUCGUAGACACGAGCAUAUCGGUGGAUAUCUUCGAGAGUGCAUUAAAGGCUGAGGCCAGGGAAGGGAAGGUACCAGCCUCAUCGCCGACGGCGCCUGGGUCAACAAGUUCUGCAUAG